GUUCGGGACGAAGCCAAGCGAGACAUACGAUAGACGAAGGAAGCGCCCACCCAGCAGGAGGGCUAAAACCUGUAGUUUUGAAGUUGCAAACUCCAGCUUCGAAGCUGGAGUGCUUUAGCCCUUUUUUAAGCAAGAAUCACCGUCUUGAGCGCCUUGCGCGCUCAAGAACAAGCAAGGGAUGAGCGCUUUGUUGCUAAAGCGGAUACGUUUUCUUGCUGGGGAAGGCUAGUUUGAUCGAGGAUUGGAGAGGAGGGAGAGGUGGAAUAAAAAGCUCGGGAUGGAUUUUGGAGUCUUUGUGCGAGCCGUAUGCGGUGAGAGUCGCACGUACGGUAAGGAGGGGGGUUCGCGUCUAUACGUGUAGUGUGGUGGUUGGGCCUACCCACCCUAUUUGUUCCAUGAUCUAUGGGUCUACUGGAGCUACCCACUUCGAUCAAUUAGCCAAGAUUUUGACCGGAUACGAAAUCACUGGUGCUCGAUCUAGUGGUAUUUUUAUGGGGAUUCUUUUUAUCGUUGUAGGAUCCCUAUUCAAGAUUACUGCAGUUCCUUUUCGGGCGGCUGUAGGACGGACGGCCCCCUAUAGGUAGUAGGGUAGGGUGGGUGGUACCGCUCAGAUAGCGGCCAAUCCUCCUAACUGCGCGCGGGCCGGGCUUAGAGCGCGUGAAACUCAUCACUACCUCGUAAGGGCGUUGAGACCAUAGCAUGUUACACAAAAGCGCCGCUUUCUCAGGAGUGUUGUCACACAGCUGCCCGACUAGAAGAGCUACUCGCUCUGUAGUGUUGUCACACAAGAUAAGCACGCCGCCCGCCUGCUGGCCGGGCGAAUCGAAGUUAUCUUCCGGUCAACUGUCCACCCAGUCAAGUGCAAAAAACACAGUGGAAUCACGCAACGCACGCUGCUGGUGUGCUUCCUGCCCACGAGGAAAGAAGAGCGACAAGGUUCAGAUUUGACUGUUUGCAGCAUGGGAGCUGAUUACCCAAAAAAUCCCUGGGAAAAAAGAAAAGAUAUCUCGGUAACGAAAACCAUAGGAGGCUGUAUUGGCGAGAUCCAAGGGUUCACAGCAGCCCAAAAGAAAAACCGCCUGGAAGUCCGAGGACCUUUAGUACCGUACCGAACCAGCAGCCUUCGCGCCAAGCGACGACCGCCCUUGUCCCUUUCCUUUUUCCAUUCAGCCUACUUCUUAGCUUUGUUCCGUCAGUCUAAGGCAAAGCUUAAGUGGUUUGCCUACCUUACCCACUUGAUGAAAGGGAACGAACUUCGUUUCCUUGGCGGCUUUAUGGAUGGAUUCAGUCAGAAAAAACUCCUUCCUUUUCAAAAAAGUGACGCUUUGCGUCUUCGCUUCCGAGGGUUAGGGUAUAGGCCGUUUCGAGCAAGCUUUCGCUUUUUCUCCCGGCUUUCUACAACUUUCGCUUUAGCUUCCAAAGGCGACCCAAUGACCUUUCCGGAAUUGGAAGUAUUCGUCGCCCUACCCUAAGAAAGAAGUCACUAUAAAACUGCUUGCCCUCCAGAAGUACCAAAGGUGCGCGGAGCCCGGUGAAAAUGAAUAUGUUUGCUACUGAAAGAAGCCUGCCUAUUGACUAAUAUUCGUCUUUAGAAUGAAAGUAGCUAUGAAGCCCAAUCUACUGUCGAUUCAAAAGGGGGCAUAGUCAUAUGGGUGGGGUGUUUGUGGGGAGCUGCCUUGGAUAUGAGGAAUUCCUCAAAUCUAAAAAAAAAGAACAAAGACAAAGUCCGUGACGAAGAUCUUUCUUUUCUAUCAAUAGAUAGGAAUGAGUGUUCGUUAUAGGGGAUAGGAUCCAUCUGCUCUCUCUCUCUCUAUUUUCUUUGAUGCAAUUUAGAGAGAAAGAGCAGUGCGAAUUAGAAAAAAAAGAGAAUCGGGAGAUGAUUCCAAAAUAGAUACAUAGACAUCUAAAGUAAAGGGAUGUAUAUAUUAUUCCUAUAUAUAUCAUCUAUCUAUGAAAAAAGUAAACAGAGUUCGUUUUUGGGUUCCCCGAAGCCCCGAAUGGAUUGGAUCGUUUCUGCUUCUGCCAACGAAAUGAAGGCCUCGCCCCUUCCGAAUGCUUCUCCGAUCCUGAAGUUCUCGCGAAGAGAAUAAGAUGCAGCUCCCCCUCCCUCUGUCUUUUUCCGCUUUGCUAAUCUUCCCCUCUAACGCGGGCCGGGCUUAGGCGGGCGCGGAGGAAGAAAGAAAGUCGAAGAGCGUCUUCUCCUUUGUCCUUUUUUCAGUGCAACACAGGAAAGCACCCUCUUUUUGUAAUCCCUGCAGCUUCCCAGAGGCUUGCUUUUUUUUUAUUGAACGCAUGGCGUAGCUAGGACCCCUCCAAUCAUGUUUGAGCCUAUGUUCACCCGGGGCCAAAAAAGGAGAAUUCCGGAAUGCCUGCCGACGUUCAGAUAAGGUGCAUAUCCCUUACCACUAAAGGAAAGGCUCGACGAAGGGGGGGAUAUUAGCUGGGUAAGGAAAACGCUUUCGGAGAUUGAGAUGUCGAUUUGUUUUUCAUCGAAAAGGAAGAAGGCCGAGGGGAUAGCAGCCUUCCUUCGGGCUUUGCCUGCCGACGUUCUAAUAAAGAAUUCCGGCUCGGCCCGGGAAAGCGCUGGCAACAACAUAAAGAAAGGGGUCCAUGUAGCUGCUGCGCCCGCCCACUGAGCAGCAGGUUCGGCAUCUACUACAAAAGAUAGAAUCCACUUCAGAUAACCACGUCUCUGCUAGGCAGCGUGUGGAAUGGCCGAGAGCGGACCAAAUGGAUAUAUAAUCCAAGCCGAGAGUGGAGUUACGUGAACAGCCGUCUGAUGGAAAACAACUUUCACGUUCGGUUCAGAGAGCACUUUUUUCGUUGAGAAUAAGUCCUUCCCUUUUGUGUGAAUUCCCCAGCGGCGAAUUAACAACUUGUGGGGCCCUAUCUAUUCAAUCUCUCGAGCCCCAAGAAAACCCCCCUCUCCCUCGGACUCAAUCUCUCUUUUGACUCUAUAUAUGUGGGCACCUGAUAUCUAUGAGGGUUCACCCACCCCGGUGACAGCAUUCCUUUCUAUUGCGCCUAAAAUCUCUAUUUCUGCAAAUAUGUCACGUGUUUCUAUUGUUGCUUCCUAUGGGGGUACAUUACAACAAAUCUUCUUUUUCUGCAGCAUUGCUUCUAUGAUCUUAGGAGCACUGGCCGCCAUGGCCCAAACGAAAGUCAAAAGACCUCUAGCUCAUAGUUCGAUUGGACAUGUAGGUUAUAUUCGUACUGGUUUCUCAUGUGGAACCAUAGAAGGAAUUCAAUCACUACUAAUUGGUAUAUUUAUUUAUGCAUCAAUGACGAUAGAUGCAUUCGCCAUAGUUCCAGCAUUACGGCAAACCCGUGUCAAAUAUAUAGCGGAUUUGGGCGCUCUAGCCAAAACGAAUCCUAUUUCGGCUAUGACCUUCUCCAUUACAAUGUUCUCAUACGCAGGAAUACCCCCGUUAGCCGGCUUUUGUAGCAAAUUCUAUUUGUUCUUCGCCGCUUUGGGUUGUGGGGCUUACUUCCUAGCCCCAGUGGGAGUAGUGACUAGCGUUAUAGGUCGUUGGGCGGCCGGAAGGUUGCCAUGAGUAAGGUUGGGAGACCGAAGGCAGUUUUCCGUGCACCGGACACGUAGCUUACCGAAUCAGUUGCAACACAGAUGGGAAUGCAUGCUACGAAAGACAGGGUCGAGUCUGAUACAUCAACCGUCGACUCCAUAUCCUUGUACGAGUCCACAAUCACUACACGAGAUGAACCUGGGUUUGGUGAAUGGAAGUUGGCCUUAGGUGUAAUA